UUACAGAUGAAGACACAGUGAAGCGAUACUACGCUAAGUUUGAGGAGAGGUUUUUCCAGAACUGUGAGAAGGAGCUUCUGAAAAUCAACACUUUCUAUUCAGAAAAGCUCGCUGAAGCUCAGAGACGGUUUGCAACGCUGCAAAAUGAGCUGCAGUCAUCAAUGGAUGCCCAGCGAGAGCGCAACGCUCCGUCCGGCCUUCGCAAACGCAGGACGUUGUUCCACCUGAGGCAGGAGGAGCGCUCCAAGAACCACAACAUCAUGGACCUGAAGCUAGCCUUCAGCGAGUUCUACCUCAGCCUCAUCCUGCUCCAGAACUACCAGAACCUGAACUUCACUGGUUUCCGUAAAAUCCUGAAAAAACACGACAAGAUCCUGGACACGACUCGUGGAGUCGAAUGGCGUCUUGCUCAUGUGGACGUGGCUCCGUUUUACACCUGCAAGAAGAUUACACAGCUCAUCACUGAGACAGAGACUCUGGUCACCACAGAGCUGGAGGAAGGAGAUCGUCAGAGGGCCAUGAAGAGGUUGAGAGUUCCUCCUCUGGGGGCAGCUCAGCCUGCCUUGGCCUGGACGACCUUCAGAGUGGGUCUCUUCUGUGGUUUCUUCAUCAUUCUGGUUGUCGCUUUUAUUCUCACUGGUGCUGUUUUCAUCCGCUACGAGAACAUUUGGCCUCUGGUGCGGAUCUAUCGUGGCGGCUUCCUGUUGAUCCAGUUCCUCUUCCUGCUGGGGAUUAACACCUACGGCUGGAGACAGAACGGAGUCAACCAUGUCCUCAUCUUUGAGAUUGACCCGCGAGACAACUUGUCACACCAGCACCUGUUUGAGAUUGCUGGUUUCCUGGGUGUGUUAUGGUGUCUCAGCAUCCUCUCGUGUCUAUACUCAGAGUACACCUACCUCCCCAUGCAGAUCAACCCUCUCAUUCUUUACGGCUUCAUGGUGCUCUUCCUCAUCAACCCAUUUAAAACCUGCUACUACAAAUCCCGCUUCUGGCUCAUCAAACUGCUGUUUCGUGUUUUCACUGCACCGUUUCAUCGGGUGGAAUUUGCAGACUUCUGGCUGGCAGAUCAGCUCAACUCUCUGGUGGUUGUACUCAUGGACUUCGAGUAUCUCAUCUGCUUCUACAUCUUUGAGCUGCAGUGGAGCAACAGCAAGGGGUUGUUUCCGCCAGAUUCCAGUGACCACGUCUGCCACAGCUACUGGUACGGCCUGCGCGCCAUCAUCCAGUGUCUGCCCGCCUGGCUUCGUUUCAUCCAGUGCUUGAGGCGUUACCGUGACACCAAGAGGGCCUUCCCACACCUGGUCAACGCCGGCAAAUACUCCACCACCUUCUUUGUUGUCACCUUCGCAGCUCUCUAUGCCACCCACCAGGAACAAGGACACACGGACGCAGACAUGUUUCUGUACCUUCUGAUCGUGUUCUCCACCAUCAGCUCCCUCUACACUCUGACCUGGGAUCUGAUUAUGGACUGGGGUCUGUUUGAUCGUGGAGCUGGAGAAAACACUUUCCUGAGAGAAGAAAUCGUUUACCCGCACAAGGCCUACUACUACUUUGCCAUCGUGGAGGACGUGCUUCUGCGUUUUGCCUGGACGAUCCAGAUCUCGCUUUCUACAAUGACCGAGCCUCACUCUGUGGGCAACAUCGUAGCCACCAUCCUGGCUCCUCUGGAAGUCUUCAGGCGCUUCGUGUGGAACUUCUUCCGUCUUGAGAAUGAGCAUCUGAAUAACUGCGGCGAGUUUCGAGCGGUGCGAGACAUCUCGGUGGCGCCGCUCAACGCCGACGACCAGACGGUCCUGGAGCAGAUGAUGGACCAGGAAGACGGCGUCAGGAACCGCUCAGGCAAGUCCUGGAAGAGGAGCCACAGCCUGUCCAUGCGACGCCCCCAGCUGUCCUCCUCACACUCAAAGAAGGACACAAAGGUGCUGAUUGAAGAUACGGAUGACGAGGCCUUCAGCUGAGUGCGCUCCAACAUCUAAAACACAUACACACACACACCAUGCUAUACUUAUAAGGACCCGCCUUUCUUUUCCUCCUUCAUAGUGUAACAUGUUGGUUUAAACAUCAGCGUAAUCGCUUAAAUGAAUAAGAAAGCUCCUCACCUUAACAGAAAUUACCUCAUCUUCAUAAUCGCUCAGUGUCUAGAGUUGGUCCUUAAAAGUAUAGAAAACACAAAGUACAAUCCAGAGACACACAAACACGGAGAGAAACCCGCUGAAGCACAACCAACUCGUUCAUCUCGGUGCUGUUGAGGAGAGAGCCGACGCCACAUUCACACUGAUGUCAAAGAAACCUUCUUCACUUAACCUGCAGAAAGCAGACCACACUGCCUGGGAUGAUUCACUGCUUUUAUCGACAAUGACUUCUUUACUAUAUGUUUGGGGCUUUUGUUUGCUUUUCUUUUUUUACGUUGAGAUGUUUUGGGGUUUUGUUGAGUUUCUCUUCAGGACGCGCUGCAGACGACUGUUCACACGCCUUUCUAACACCUCCAGGAUCAACAGGGAGACGACGAAGCCAAUAAAAGACUAAACCCAGGAAUCUAAGGAAGGACUGAACACCAUAUCUAACAAAUCAACUGGUUUCAACUUGUUGAUUUUUUUUUAUACUCCUUUUGUUGUGUGUUGUUUUUUUUUUUCUUUAGCUGUAGUGAACGAUAGCAACCCUUGAAGCACUUGCAGGAAAAGUGCGUUUACAACAUAAAACGUGAAAAAGGUUCCUUGAGAAAUAUGAAAGAUGUUUCGAUUCAAACACUUAACUUUGACGUUUCUUUGUUAUAUACGUGUAUUACUACUAUAGAUGUUUAUACUAAUCGACUGUUGAUGUUUUUUUAAUAGCGUUAGAUGUGCCACGUCUUUUCUUAGAAACACAAAGCCCUGAGGUACUCCCCGACUUAAUUAGAGGAUUUUAAAUCUCUGAUGUUAUCUUAAAGUGCUCUUUUACACUGACUUCAGCUAAGGUGCAUGGUCGCAAUUAACACUGGUUACCAAAGUUUUCUUAUGAAUGUGAUUCAAAUGAGGAUCAAUCUGUUCAUCAUGUCUGCCUGAUCGAGUCGAACGAUACCAGAGCCGGAGUUUCGUUUACCUGCUGCACUCUGCUUCAUUUUGUAGUCAGCCUGUGGCUUGUUGGAAACACGAGUGGACAUUUAAUCCUACAAAAAGGUCUUUAUAUAGGUUCAUCUCGGUGAAUUAGAAUAUCACAAGAAAGUUUAUUUAGUUCAGUAAUUCACAACAUUAAACUGAUGUAGAUUCAAACUCUGUUUGGUCCACAGCAAACAGAAGAGUGGACCAGCCAAUCUCCAGUAUUUACUACAAAUACUUAGCUGGGUCUCUUUUCACAUGAGUUACUGCAUCAGUGCGGCGUGGCACGGAGGAGAUCAGCCUGUGGUUCUGCUGAGGUCUUCAGGAAGUUGAAUUAAGAGCCUCCAACUUGUUUGUAUUGUCUUUGGUAUCUCGUCUUCCACUAGAUAAUAAAUAGCUUCUCCAUUAGGUUCGGUUUUGCUGGCCAGUUGUGGUUAUGAUUGGCCAGCUCAUUGAUGAGCUUAAGCUCAUCAAUGAGCAGAAGCUCAUCAAUGAGCAGAAGCUCAUCAAUGUAGCAUAAGCUCAUCAAUGAGCUUAAGCUACAUUGACGAGCAUAAGGAUAAGCUCAUCAAUGUAGGUAUUGAUACCUUAGAUACCUUUGGCACUGUGGAAAUGAAAUCAGCAUCUCGAGAAAGAUUGAAACAUGAUUUGAUCUAAAGUUUUCUGGUAAAUGGUUGAGUUCUGUGCAGCUCCACUUGGUUUUAUUUGAACUUUGAACAGCAGUCCUUUAUUUUUCUCUUUAUUCAAGUUAAGAUGAUUUCGAUGUCUCUUGUUCAGGAGUGUUCAGAGUUAGCCAGUGUCCUUCUGUGUGUGGUGUUAAUUACACAGUCAUACUUUUUCUUUCCACUCAACUUUCCAUUAAUGUACUUGUGUAUGGCUGUUCUUCCCCACAACAUUAACUUUACAUCUACCAACUGUUGGUUAAGCCACAAUCAUCAGUUAACAGAAAUAAAUGCUUGAAAAGUUUCCCAGUGUGUCAUAAAUAAACGAGUUUCACUGAUGUUCUAAUUUACCGAGACGGGCAUUAAGGGCGACGCUAACCAGCUAAAAACAGAAACAAAAUAAUUUUCAUGCGCUGUGGUUUACUGUCCAGAGAUGAAUACGUUGUAUAAUUUUAGGACUGAAGUCUUUGUAACAGUUUAAAUUAGAGCUUCUUGCUGAAUUGGUUUCUGUUUGCAAACAGAAACAUUACUGGAAAUGUUUGUGCGUGCUUUGAUUUCUGUGCUCACAGCACCAGGGUGCUGAUGGAAACCAGGAUUUCUCUCUGCUGCCAGAUUAGUCCUUAUGUUGACUUUUGAAUAAAUUCAGAGGCUAAUCUGGCUUUUUUAUUUUUUUUUUUAUUUCUGUGAAUGAAAUAUUUGCCGAUUGUCAGACUUCAAUUAUUCUGCGCUUCAUUUAUGUUUUUGAUCUUCAGUGUGGCCUCGCCUGUUUGACUUCAGGUGUUGUGGUUUCUUCAGAUAAAUAUGCUGAUGUCUGCUCUUAUUUCUCCGCUGGCUUUGCUCACACACGUUUCCAGAACCUCUAAGCGAGUUCCUUCUUCUAGUAACGAGCCCUGGCUGUCCUAGAAAACACGACGCGUCUUUUUGUUGCUUGCACUCCCUUCCGAUCUUAAUGUGAACUGGAAAGUUUAAAGGGUGGAAAACCUCUCUGUCCACAUUGAUACUCUGUACAGACACCAGACAUUCGCACACACGCUGACACCUCACAUUGUCUCUCUCGUCAGUUUUGUAUAAAGGUUUUGUCGUCUUGCCUGCAUGCUGCUCUUGUUUUUACUUUGUACAGAGCUCUUAAUUUAUUCAACAUAGUGUUUAUAUUAGUAAUAUUUGCACACACCGACAAUGAUGAAUUUUUAUUUGUAGCCAUUUGUGCUCCUGGACAAGCAGUAUUUUUUAGGCAAAGAGGAGAUUUUUGUUGAUUGUAUGCAAUCCUGCACUCUUAUUUUGUUUUUCCUCUACCUGUGUAAAGCUGUUGAAACGUGUUUGUAAGAAGAAGAAGAACCGAUGUUUCGCUGUGUCUUGUUGAUGGUUUCUUUAAAUUUAAAAGCCUCACGGCAGGGGGAGGGCGGGAGGGCAGAUUCCUGAGGCUGUUAUGCUGUUUGUACAUUUGUGAAAGUGCAUGAAAACAUUUGUGACAUCUGUUGUUGGUGACUGUCCUGCAGACAGAAGCACUUUGACACAUUUCAGUUCAGCCCAGGAACAGACGGUGGUCCAAGCAGAAGUCGGUAAACUGAUCCCAGAUUGGUUUAGAUGACCUGUGUCUGUUCAUAGAUGCUGAAAACAGGGUUGUUUUGUACAGUUUCGUGUUUGAUGAGAUGAUGGUGAAAAACCCUGACAUCCCGUUUUCUGAUUUUGUUUUUCUUUUUUUCUUACCCACCGCUUGCUGAAACCUUCAUGGUGUAAAAGUGCUUAAAUGUGUGCACCCCUCACUCCCCGAUCGAUGUCGUUUGUACCCUUUCUCUGAACUAUUUGAACGUGCUAGUACCCGUAGUUUGGUAGAUGGAUGUUCUGCUUUGAUAACUUUUAAGAAAAACAAGAAACUAAAUGUGAUUUUAAGAGAAAAUGUCUGAACAUUUCUCCCAGAGUCGCUUUUACAGAGUAGUUUGUACAUGUUGAGUGUUUACCAAUGUUCUAUGAUGGUUUUUCUCAUGGUCUUUGUAUUUCUGUAAACACUUUGGUGAUCCUGUCAUAUCUGGGUUUUAUAAACCAUGAUUAUUUUUAAAACUCA